AUGCAUGUUUUGUCCGAUUGUUUAAUCGCUACCAACGUUUGGGAUGGGAUUGGUAGAUGGUGCCGCUUAGACCCGAUUUAUGCGUUCAAGAUUAAGGAUCUGUUAGAAGUGUACAAGUCGAUGAACGGAAGCAAGAAGGGGAAAAAGAUUGUGCACGGGAUUGUCAUUGUCACCAUGUGGUCGAUGUGGAAAGCGAGGAAUGAUUCGAUUUUUAAUGGGAAGCGGCCUAACGUGGAAAACAUCGUGGCGAGUUUAAAGUCUAUCACGUUUUUAUGGGCUAAAAGUAGAUUAAAAUGUAAUAGGGUUGUUUGGAAAGAUUGGUGUUGUUUUCCAUUGUAUAUGUUGUAA